GCUGGGGACGUACCUGUCGGGCUCCGGACUCGGGCCGCUUCCCUUCCCCUUCCGUGGUUAGGGGCUGGUGCGGUCCGGGACCCGCAGCCCCUUACUCAGAGUCCUAGUUCGCCCGCGGCCCGGCAUCGGGUUGGAUGAGGAGGAAGGAAGAGUGUGGUGUUUGAAAGCCAUCCUACUUUACUCCAGAGUUGGAGCAUGGAUUCAAUUUUAGUCUUUUCCGAGAGAAGUGAGGUUGGAGCUUUUUAUUUUUAAUUUCGGGUAGAAGCAGCUUGACUCCCAGGCCCUCCAAAGCAAGAGGGUUCAACUUAAUGCUGUUCCCGUGUUUGAAGGAGGACAAAAAAGUCCCACCUGGCACAAUUUGCGUAACCUCCGGUAGAAAACACCAGGUAUCUUUUAAAUCGCGAUAGUUUGCGUUGUGUGCCAGGUUUUUUCAGGUGCAGCUUCCAGGGUAGUUAGGUUUGAAACAGAUGCAGAAUCCAAAGGCAGCGCAAAAACCAGCCACCGAUUUUGCUAUGCCUCUGAGCUGCGAGAUAAUCAGACAGCUAAAUGGAGUCUGAGCAGCUGUUCCAUAGAGGCUACUAUAGAAACAGCUACAACAGUAUAACGAGUGCAAGUAGUGACGAGGAACUUUUAGAUGGAGCAGGUGUUAUUAUGGACUUUCAAACUUCUGAAGAUGACAAUUUGUUAGAUGGUGAUACAGCCGUUGGAACUCAUUAUACAAUGACGAAUGGAGGUAGCAUCAACAGUUCUACACACCUACUGGAUCUUUUGGAUGAACCAAUUCCGGGUGUUGGUACAUAUGAUGAUUUCCAUACUAUUGACUGGGUUCGAGAAAAAUGUAAAGACAGAGAAAGGCAUAGACGGAUCAACAGCAAAAAGAAAGAAUCAGCAUGGGAAAUGACAAAAAGCUUGUAUGACGCAUGGUCAGGAUGGCUAGUAGUAACACUAACAGGACUGGCAUCAGGGGCAUUGGCUGGAUUAAUAGACAUUGCUGCUGAUUGGAUGACUGACCUGAAGGAGGGCAUUUGCCUUAGUGCAUUAUGGUACAACCAUGAACAAUGUUGUUGGGGAUCUAAUGAAACAACAUUUGAAGAGAGAGAUAAAUGUCCACAGUGGAAAACAUGGGCAGAAUUAAUCAUAGGCCAAGCAGAAGGUCCUGGUUCUUACAUCAUGAACUACAUAAUGUACAUCUUCUGGGCCUUGAGUUUUGCCUUUCUUGCAGUUUCCUUGGUAAAGGUGUUUGCUCCAUAUGCCUGUGGCUCUGGAAUUCCAGAGAUUAAAACCAUUUUGAGUGGAUUCAUCAUCAGAGGUUACUUGGGAAAAUGGACUUUAAUGAUUAAAACCAUCACUUUAGUUCUGGCUGUGGCAUCAGGUUUGAGUUUAGGAAAAGAAGGUCCCUUGGUCCAUGUUGCCUGCUGCUGUGGAAAUAUCUUUUCCUACCUCUUUCCAAAGUAUAGCACAAAUGAAGCUAAAAAAAGGGAGGUGCUAUCAGCUGCCUCGGCUGCAGGUGUUUCUGUAGCUUUUGGUGCCCCGAUUGGAGGAGUUCUUUUUAGUCUGGAGGAGGUUAGCUAUUAUUUUCCUCUCAAAACUUUAUGGAGAUCAUUUUUUGCUGCUUUAGUGGCUGCAUUUGUUUUGAGAUCCAUCAAUCCGUUUGGUAACAGUCGUCUGGUCCUUUUUUAUGUGGAGUAUCAUACGCCAUGGUACCUUUUUGAACUGUUUCCUUUUAUUCUCCUAGGGGUAUUUGGAGGGCUUUGGGGAGCCUUUUUCAUUAGGGCAAAUAUUGCCUGGUGUCGUCGACGCAAAUCCACCAAAUUUGGGAAGUAUCCUGUUCUUGAAGUAAUUAUUGUUGCAGCCAUUACAGCUGUGAUUGCCUUCCCUAAUCCAUACACUAGACUCAACACCAGUGAACUGAUUAAAGAGCUCUUUACAGACUGUGGGCCUCUGGAGUCCUCUUCUCUUUGUGACUACAGAAAUGACAUGAAUGCCAGUAAAAUUGUUGAUGAUAUUCCUGAUCGUCCAGCAGGCAUUGGAGUGUAUUCAGCUAUAUGGCAGUUGUGCUUAGCACUCAUAUUUAAAAUCAUAAUGACGGUGUUCACUUUUGGUAUUAAGGUUCCGUCAGGCUUGUUCAUCCCCAGUAUGGCUAUUGGAGCGAUUGCCGGGAGGAUCGUGGGGAUUGCAGUGGAACAACUUGCAUACUAUCACCAUGACUGGUUUAUAUUUAAGGAGUGGUGUGAGGUCGGGGCUGACUGUAUUACGCCUGGCCUUUAUGCUAUGGUUGGCGCUGCUGCAUGCUUAGGUGGUGUGACAAGGAUGACUGUGUCCCUCGUGGUUAUUGUUUUUGAGCUAACUGGAGGCUUGGAAUAUAUUGUUCCGCUCAUGGCUGCAGUCAUGACGAGUAAAUGGGUCGGAGAUGCCUUUGGUAGAGAAGGCAUUUAUGAAGCUCACAUCCGAUUAAAUGGAUACCCUUUCUUGGAUGCAAAAGAAGAAUUCACUCAUACUACCUUGGCUGCUGAUGUCAUGAGACCUCGACGGAAUGAUCCACCCUUAGCAGUUCUGACACAGGACAAUAUGACAGUGGAUGAUAUAGAAAAUAUGAUUAAUGAAACAAGCUACAAUGGCUUUCCUGUUAUAAUGUCAAAAGAAUCUCAGAGAUUAGUGGGAUUUGCUCUCAGAAGAGAUCUGACAAUUGCAAUAGAAAGUGCCAGAAAAAAACAAGAAGGUAUCGUUGGUAGUUCUCGAGUGUGUUUUGCGCAGCACACCCCAUCUCUUCCAGCAGAAAGUCCUCGACCCUUGAAGCUCCGAAGCAUUCUUGACAUGAGCCCUUUUACAGUGACAGACCACACCCCGAUGGAGAUUGUGGUGGACAUCUUCCGAAAGCUGGGCCUGAGGCAGUGCCUUGUAACUCACAAUGGGAUUGUCUUGGGGAUCAUCACAAAGAAGAACAUAUUAGAGCAUCUCGAGCAACUAAAGCAGCACGUGGAGCCCUUGGCGCCUCCUUGGCAUUAUAACAAAAAAAGAUAUCCUCCGUCAUAUGGCCCAGACGGCAAACCAAGACCCCGCUUCAAUAAUGUUCAACUGAAUCCCAUAGAUGAGGAGAGAGAGGAAACAGAAGAGGAAGUUCAUCUGUUGAAUAGCACAACUCUUUAACCUGAGGGAGUCGUCUACUUUUUUUUCCUCCUUUAAAAAAAAAAGAAAUAUAAAAGCCAGGCUUUUGCAACAUGGUUUGCAAAUAAUGCUGGUGGAAUGGAGGAGUUGUUUGGGGAGGGAAAGGAGAGAGGUAUUUCCCUAAGUGACAGCAGCGAUCAACUCCUAUUGUUCUGCACUGGAUGCAUCUGAGAUUGUGCCGUGAUAGUGCAGGCUUGAGCCACCAUGGAGAUGACACCGGAGUCCUGGAGCACCUGGUCUGUGCCUCCAACAUUGCAAAGACACGUUAUCAGUCCCUAUUUCUGGAGGGAUUACUCUGAAUUGAGCCAUCUGUAAGACUGCAAGGUCUUGCCCUUUUUUAUCAAAACUGUUCUGUUUGAUUCAUGAAUUGUAUAGUUAAGCAUUACCUUUCUACAUUCCAGAAGAGCUUUUAUUUCCCUCUUCUCUCUCCUCUCUUCUCUGCUCUCCUCACUUUUCCUCUCUUCUCUCUUCUUUGUCUCUCCUGAGCUGUAACAAAGCCUCUUUAAAUUGGUGUACCCUUUUGAAGCAGUCCUUUCUCAUAUUGAGAUGUACUGUGAUUUUAUUGAGGUUUAUCACAAGAAGGGAGUGUUUCUUGUGCCAUUAACCAUGUAGUUUGCACCACCACUAAAUGCUCGGAACAGCGCACAUGCACCACAACAAAGGCUGAUCAAACAGGUAAAAUCUCAAGUGAAGCAUGAAUGAAAUCUCAGCUUCUGUGCUGUGUGAUUCAGAAUCAAAAAAAAAAUGAGACUUGACUUUAAAGGAUAAACAGUUUUCUUUUUUUCAUCUCAGACUAUGGAUAAUGUGACCUGGUCUUAUGCAAGUUUUCUAUUUCUAAAACUAUUAGGAUAUACAAGUGCUGUUCGGCAUAAUGAAACAAAAUGCUGCUGCAUUGACAGGAAUGAGAAGGAAGUAUUCUGUUGAGCUGUAUCCGAUAUCACUUGCAUGUUAAAACACUGGAAUUUUUUUUCUUGAAAUUAGAUCAGUAAUUCUUUUCUUUCCUCAAGAUAUUUCACUGCUGACACUGAAGAAGAAAUGUAAUUCAUAACUUGCACUAAAUGUAUAUUUCUUUUCUUAAAAAUUUACCAUUCUUAUUUAUAUUUUUAUGGAUUAAAAUUUAUAAAAUACAGAUCAGUUAAUAUCGCACUUAAAUAACUUUACCUUUUUAAUGUGAUUUUUAUAGACUAAUUCAGACUUACAAAUAUGGAGAUAUGAACAAAGUUUACAAUGGGAGCAAGGGUUUAAAAGAGGUUGUGGUUAUUUCUCUAUGAUCCAAUGUGUACAUAAACUUUUUUCUGAUCUUUCACUGCCAUCCCCUGAUUUAUGUCUUCUGAUCUGUCCAUUUUGACCCAUUAACUGGAAAGUUGAAACACUACAAGUUACUAUGUAGAUUAAAACCGAAAGCUAAAUAGUAUUAACCAUUUAAAAAAAAUCAGCAACAAAUAAUGAAAGCAUAGAAUUGCAAAGAUAGCAGUUUACAUUUUAAUCUAAGCAUGUAGGUUGUAUUGAUAUUUGAAGUGUUCCACAAUGGUUUGGAUAUCACCAGUGCACAUUUUUGCAGGAUGAGUUAAAAUGUACUGGGGUGUGUUUGGGAUUUUUGUUUUUGGAAAUAUGUGUUUUAAUCAUGGUCUUGGGUCACUAUUGGUAAAGGCAGUUUAUUCUAAGAACUGGCCGAAAUAGUCUAGGAUUAUGCAUUUUUGAUAGGAAAAUGAAUUUUUGCAGACAUUUUUGAAAUGCACCUGACAACAAGCUGUUUUUACAUUUUAGAAGUGGUUCUUCACUUCCUAGUUCUUAAUAAUAUUCCUGGAGAUUUGUAAGAUCACAUAAGAUCUGUAAGAUCGUAAAGACUUAAAAGAUCAUGAAGCCAUAUUAGGAUAACAAUUGAAAGCUUGGCAAAAUUUUGGAAGUUUGGUGAAUCAUUCUUUUUUUUUUUUUUUUUUUGGUGACGUAUUCUUGGCUCUGCUGCCUAGGAUUGAGAUUUUGCCCUCAUGACUCACUCCCUUUGGCAGACUUCAGGUUUUCUUUGCAGCCCCUUCAGAGUGAAAUCGUUACCACAUGAUAAUUCCAAAUAUAUUAGAGUAUUUGCAGUGUGUGUGGCACUGCUGGAGUAUGAACUCCUCCGUGUGGCUGUGGGAUAACUUAAUUGCUUGUCUUGAGUUAGAAGCCUUCAAAGAUGAAAGCAGUUUCUUUGCGGAUAGCUUCAUCUAUUAAACUGCACAUGGAUUUUAUUUUCCACGUUUCCCAUUUUGAUUUCAGGUCCUACUUUGAUUGCAAUUGCUUGGGAGAUUGACAUUUCAGGGUAGAUAGUAAAAGUGUUAAUUUUUUUCCUUGAUAUUUUUAUCCCUGGUGUGUCUUACUGCUGAAAUACAGGAAAAGUGCCGUUUUUAAACGCAUUCAGUAGUUUUUCUUUGAUGUUACUAUCUAUUCCAUUUUCCCUUUUGAUACAGUGAAGUGUGUCUGCUUUUCAGCCAAAUGAUGAAAUAGUGAAGACCAUGAAAAUACACGUGCCUGACUAUUUGGCAAACUGACCAAUAUAGGUGUAGCGCCUUAUUUGAGUACUCUUUCUUAGAAGGUAUGAUGAGAAUGGGCAAGGGUGUCAGCAUCUCUUCUUCUUAAUAUUGUUUUCAGCUUUGGUUCAUGAAGACUGCUUAGUUUGUUAAUCUGUGAUGUUGCCUAGAGCUGUAUUUAUCUGUUUUUAUUUAUACUAGUGUAGUAAAGCUGCAUAUCAUUACAGUAAAAAUGAUUACUGUGAUGAGUUCAUCAGAAAAUCUAUUAAAAUCUCUGUGACAAUG